AUGGGAGCAGAUUGGGUGGCAACAGUUGCUUUGGGCAACUUGGCUAAAAUCCAAGCAAAUCAUGAAAAUGCUUCUUCAAAAUCAUACAGUCGUCUCCAGGUAUUCUGGGCACCCUUCCUUCUCUUGCACCUUGGUGGUCCUGAUACUAUCACAGCUUACUCUUUAGAAGACAAUGAGUUGUGGUCAAGGCACUUUCUUGGGCUUAUUGUUGAAAUUGGAGUGGCGCUUUACGUCUUCUUUCGAUCUUUCAACAAUACAGCCCUUACAUUUUUAUUCAUUCCUGUAUUUGUUGCUGGAAUCAUCAAGUAUGGAGAACGGACUUACGAACUUUGGUGUGCUAGCAACAGGAAGUUUAAAGAGAAAUUGCUCUCCACAAAUUCUAUGGCAGAAAAUGCAAUGAGAAUGGUAAUGGGAAAGAAAGAAGAAGAUUUUUCCGAGAUUGUACUGAUGGAGGAAACCAAAGAAAUUUCGGAGGGACAAAGUCUAGACGAUGACGAGUUUAAUAAUUCUAUAGAUGCAGCGCAUUUUUUGUUCAAGAGAUUGGAGUAUCUCUUUGCGAAUCUGAUACUAGGCUUUAAUGACAGAAUUCGUUGCUAUGACAUCAUUAAGAAACAUUGCUAUGACAUCAUUAAGAAACAUAAGCCAUAUAAAAAGGCCUUCGAACUUGUAGAAAUUGAGCUUGGAUUUAUGUAUGAUGUGCUUUACACAAAGGCAAAACUCAUUCAAACGAAGCGGGGAUUUUUGCUUCGUGCCAUCAGCUUCUUUUCCUCUGUGUCAGCAUUAAUUGCCUUUUCAAUGGUCAUUGAUUUCCAUGUCUAUCAUCAAACCGACAUCUCCAUUACUUUUUUACUUCUAGCUGGGGCAGUUUUUCUGGAGCUUUAUGCUUUCACCAUAUUUCUUUUGUCUGACUGGACAAAACUCUGGUUGCAAAAGCACCGUGUGCCAAAGAUUAUUAGUUCUUUUUUCUUUCAUCGGAACAACAAGAGGUGGUCUGAAUCCGUAGCACAGCACAACUUGAUAACAUUUUGCAUAGGAGACAUUCAAGGCAACUUCAGUUUUGUUCGGAAGUUGCCUCACCUGGGCAAAUUGUAUGAGGAGUACAAUCCGCACAGAUUCUUGUCUCGGAAAGAUUUGGAUGGCCUUAUGCAGAUGAUCUUCCAGCAGCUCGAAGAAAAAGCAGACAAGAUCAAAGAUAAUUACACAGUGAAAUUGUGCAAAGAAGAGCUGGGUCACAGAGGCGAUCAUGUGCUCGAAAAAUAUGAAAAAUUCAAUGAUUUGGGUUGGAGCACAAUUGAUUUAGAAUUUGACGAAAGCCUUCUUUUGUGGCAUAUUGCUACUGAUAUCUGUUACCACGAUGAUUCUGAUAAACACCUACCAGAUGCAUGUAAUCUUUGCAAACAGCGCAAAAUUAGUAAGCAAUUGUCAGAUUACAUGCUGUAUCUUCUAGUCCUGUGUCCAUCAAUGCUACCUCAAGGGAUUGGUGAGAUAAGGUAUAAAGAUACUCGUGCUCAGCUCAUUCAAUUUUUGAAAAGGGAAAAAAGUGUAGCCAUGAAGGAAAAGGAGGUUGCGAGGAAGUUGCUCGAGAAAAUCAGCAAAAGGACAAUAACUCAGUCUAUACUAUCUGAUGGAUGUGAGCUGGCGAGAGAACUGCAACAGGAAACAGAUUCUGAGAGAAAAUGGAAGAUGAUAAGUGAAGUGUGGGUGGAAAUGUUAACAUAUGCUGCAAGUCAUUGUGGUUGGAGAGAGCACGGUCAACAGCUUUGGAAAGGCGGACAGUUGCUCACUCUUGUUAGCGUUCUUAUGGCACAUCUUGGCUUAAGUGAACAAUACAAUGCAAAAGAGGAAUUCUACCUUGUGUAA